CUUCAUUCCAAUCAAUAGCUGAAAAUAUCUAAGGUCGAGAGCUCACCACUUUUUAUAACUAAAUUAGAUUUUUACUUUUUUAACAUUUUGGCAAUUUUGCCCCUACUCGAAACACUGUGAGUUAUUUUGAUCUGCAGCGACGCAUUUUCGAUGGGUUUACUAUAACAAUUUUACUGAUAGUAAAAUGUAUAGAAAAAAUGUAUUUAAAUUGUCUCUGGAAUGGCAAAUAUUUAUCAUUCCUGUGGUAAUUCUUGCCAGUGAGUGUAAAAAAGAGAUUUAGCUCAAAAAUAAUAAAAUACGACUAAAAUAGUGAACGACUGUGUGCGACAUUGCAAGUUUUCACCCAAAGUGCGAGUGCGCAGGAUAUUAAGGAGGCAGCUAAUUUGAGCAAACAGUUAGACAAAAUACGAAAAAGAAAAGGAUAUUAGUGAGCUGUGCGACAGAGAAAAAGUGAUAUUUUUUUAGGAUGUAAAAGCGCGCUCUUUUUGCAGUCGACCAGCGAAUUGUUUACAGAAUUACUUCACCGUUACAUAGACACCAAUCCAAUCACUAAGUACUCUGAGUACUCUUUUAUAUAAAAAAUGUCUUUAAUCCACUUUUAUUUAGUUUUUACGCUUUCAUCUUUGCCCUUCAAGCUUGCCUUUCAAGUUCCCAUAAACGAGUAAUGAAGAAUGUGGCUGCGUGUGACGAUUAAAUGCAAUACCCUCCGCAUAUCUUUAUGAUAAAUUUCAUCAAGCUUUUCUCUACUUUACAACUAUACUACUAAUUAGAUCGCAACAACAACAAACACACAGUACUAGAAUGGAGUCGGUGAAAACCGUACGAAUUUUCAUGGUUGCUGUUGCGGCUAAUUUAUCAGCCUUUGCGGUCGGCACUUGCAUAGGUUGGACGUCACCAGUGGGACCCAAAUUAAAAGCCUUGGACUCUACAGAUUCGCCACUCGAUCAUCCCAUCACCACAGUGGACGAUGCAUGGAUUUCAUCCAUUUUGUUAUUGGGUGCUGUAGCAGCACCCUUCAUUGCUGGUCCACUUGCCGAUAAAAUUGGUCGCAAAUGGGCACUUCUUUCGAGUUCGAUCUUCUUCAUUCUAGGCUAUGUUAUUUUGAUGCUCGCUAGCGAGGUUUGGAUGUUGCUGGUCGGUCGUCUCGUAAAAGGCUUUGGCGCUGGUUUCGUCUUAAGUGUGCUACCUAUAUAUAAUGGUGAGAUUGCAAUAGAUGCGGUACGUGGCGCCAUCGGCACGUUGUUGAAACUUUUCGUUGUUUCUGGCAAUCUAUACGCGUACGUCAUCGGUCCAUAUGUCUCGUAUAUGACCUUGCAGUGGUGCUGUUUGGCUGUACCGAUUGUUUUCGGUAUCAUCUUCUAUUUCAUGCCUGAGAGUCCUUAUUACUAUGCCGGCAAAGGUCUGAAAUCAGAUGCUUUAAAUUCCCUGCAAUUCUUGCGUGGUCAAAACCCAGAUAUUUUACAACAUGAAAUGGCUGUUAUACAGGGUGGAGUGGAGGAGUUCAGAGCCAAUAAGGGCUCCGUUAUGGAUAUUCUUAAGAAUAAGGGCAAUCGCAGAGCUCUGAUCAUCACCACCGGCCUGAUCAUGUUCCAGCAAUUAUGCGGUAUCAGCGCCGUACUCUUCAACAGUCAAUCCAUCUUCGAAAGUGCCAACAUCAGUGUGGAUUCAGCCAUUGCCAGCAUCAUUGUAGGUAGCGCUCAAGUUGGUGCAGCUGCUUUGACACCUUUUUUUGUCGAUCGUUUUGGUCGCAAAGUAAUUUUGCUAGUUUCGGCGUUUGGAAUGUUUGUCGGCUUGACAGCAUUGGGUGCCUUCUUCUAUGUACAACAAGUUCUUGGUGAUGCAAGUAAUUUAACCUGGUUGCCGGUACCUGCAUUGGUGCUCUUCAAUAUUGUCUAUAGCAUCGGAUUCGGUCCACUACCAUGGGCGCUGUUGGGUGAAACGUUCCCAGCGAAUGUUAAGUCAAUCGCCUCCUCGAUUGUGACAUCCAUAUGCUCUCUUACUUCUUUCGUGGUAACACGUUGGUACCCCCCGCUGAACGGCUUGGGUUCAUACUACGCAUUUUGGUUGUUUGCCAUUUUCUGCGUUGCAGCCUUCUUCUUCACCAUCUUUGUGGUGAUGGAAACCAAGGGGCUGAGUCUUCAGGAAAUUCAAGACAGACUAAAUGGAAAGAAACCAAACUAAGUUACUAAGCUAAAAUUAUCUUGGUGUCGAGACAUCCACAUCCGUGUGCUGUAAGAUAGUCCAUUGUGGGGGCGUUGAUCAAUGAGUUGGAGCCCUGAAUGAAAUCGCUUCAAAAGUAUUUUUGUCGCAUAUCUAAUGUAAUCUUUAAAGUAUUUCUAGUCUGUAAGCAAUUUUAGUUAAAUUUAUUGAAUAAAUUUAAAGCUGAAUAUUUAUAAAGGAAUAAAAUUAAAACGAUAUUAUUUUAAACAAUUAAUACGAGGGUGAGACCUCUAAUUUUUAAUGCCUAAUCUAAGUUUGAUGUAUAAUUGAAUAUAUAAGUGAACAUAAUAACAAU